AUGGUAGAAGAGGACAGUAUAGUCAGAGGGAUUGACACCGUUCUUUGCAGCAGAGAGCAUGAGUCCAGACGGCUGUGUUACCUGCCCGGUGCCAGGUUUCGGGACAUAUACUCGGUGCUGGACACCUCUGUUAAGGAUCAAGCCAAGGAUCUGGAUGUAUCUUUUAACAGCUUUGACAACUUGGUCUUGACACCUUUACUGAUUGGUUUUGUGUUGGGUUUGGCCCCGCGGCCGCGGAUCCAGUUUCCAAUGGGCAUCAGCAAACUGUCGGAACUGAUCCGGCAGCAGGCCGGGGAGGCCGUCACCAACAAAAGCAUCCAUGCUUAUGAGGGUAAGGUGAUGGCGCUCGAUGCUGCUGUUGUGAUGAAUCAGUUCCGUACAGCUCGCCCUGACAAACGCUACCUGCAGCACUUGAGCCAGGUGAUUGGAGUAUUUUACCGAACUGCCAGUCUCCUGGAGAAGGGGAUCAAGCCUGUGUUUGUGUUCGAUGGACCAGCGCCAAGAAUGAAGUUUCGAGUGCUCCGUAAAAGGCGAGGCUGGACCCCAGUCACCAAACCUCAGGCAGCAACUUCUAAUGUGAGUGUUGCUGCUGAACAAGUUGGAACUGCUGAGCAGUCAGGUCCAGAGUGCGGAGAGCCAGUGGAACGAGUGGGCUGUCUGACAGAGCGAGGGGCAAAUGAACAAGUGGAGUCAAAGCCACAAAGAUUAACCACAACAGCUAGCAGAGCCCCCUCUCCAGCUGACUGCAGACCGGUAUAUGUACCAAGGAAUGGCAGGAGCGACUGUCAACGCCUGCUCACCCUCCUAGGGGUCCCUUAUAUUGAGGCUCCGAGUGAGGCAGAAGCUACGUGUGCGGCACUGGUGAAGGCUGGGAAAGUUCACUGCACUGCCACUGAGGAUAUGGACGCUCUUCCCUUUGGGUGUACCAGACUCGUCCGGAACGUCAGCGCCAAGAAAGAUGCGCGGGUUGAAGAAAUCUCUCUGCCGGAAAUUCUGAAAUCUCUGGAUCUCACUCAGGAGCAGUUUGUUGAUCUCUGCAUUCUGAUGGGAUGCGACUACUGUGAUAAGAUUAAGGGUAUCGGACUGAAGCGAGCUCUACCACUUAUUCAAAGUCACAAAAGCAUCGAGGAGAUUAUCAGGAACGUUGACUGUCUGAAAUACCAGCUGCCGGAGGGCUGGCCUUACCAAGAAGCUCGGAACCUGUUCCUGCAGCCUGAGGUGGUGAACACCGACGAGGUGACUCUGGAAUGGGCGAACCUGGACGAGGAAGGCCUGGUCCAGUUACUCGUGCACGAGAAAAACGCCAAGGAGAAGCGAGUUCGGAAUCGGAUUCAGAGACUCCGGGAGUCAUUACGUGAUGUCGAACGCAGGAGCAAGACGUUCACUGUGGAGAGGCAAACACGUCUGGAUGAGUUUUACACUAAGGUGAAGGCAUUUCACUACAAGAAACAGCAUCCGCGGUUUUUUGCUUGGAUCAAAGGCUGCCUGGUCUUGUCCACAUUCCUGGAGGUUUCAUCAUGUGACUGGUUCCCAACGAUCCCGCCCCCACACUCACUCCAUGGGUCGCCAACCAUGUCAAUCAUCGUAAUACCUGUCUUUGCUGACCAAUCAGAAAGCCACGAGACUCGUAUUACCUGA